AUGUGGAAGCCGAAGCUGAAUUUUAUAUCCCUCCACUACACCUGGAUUCUAUUUUGCAGCCUGCUUUCAUUUCCUGUGCUGUAUCCCGCGGGAAAUUUAGCGGCGAUAGAUGUCUUUUUCUUUGGUGCCAGUGGUUCGACCGAAUCGGGUCUCAACACAAUCGACGUCAAGGACUUGAAGACUUACCAGCAAGUGUUCAUCUAUGUGAUCCCCAUGAUCACUAAUCUCAUGUUCAUCAACAUUGUGGUUGUCGUGGCGCGUCUCUACUGGUUCCAGCAGCGACUGAGGAAUAUUGCCAAUGAGCGAACCCUAAGCCGGUCUGCCGAAGAUCUAGAAGCGGGUCCUCCCGACCAGCAAGCCGAAGUGAGAGGUCGCGAAAGCGCCUUAGAUAAGACACAUGCCCAGCACAAUGCUGUUCAAACUGGCCCUUCGGAAUCGAAGGAAAAUGAAGUCGUGGAUAAGGAGUUUGCGUCUGGUCCUAGAGCAACCACCAUUACCUUUGAGGAUAAUCUCCCCAACCGCGGCCAAUCCAGUCCCGAAAACGCAGUCCUCCACGUGCCAGGACCUCGAGACCGUGAUGAUGGUCAGUCGAUGAUUGAAAUUCGCCAAGAUAGAGAGAGCAUUGAUGACAUUGAUGCCAUCCGUCCCGUUGAACCAGUCGCAAGUGGCUUGUCUCGGCGAAGACCUCACAACAUGGAAGGUCCUGCAAUGCGCGCCGCUCGCUCAAUGGAGAAAGUAGCGUCGUCUGUUCUGGUGCUCGGUCACUCAAAGUCUCUCGACCGUGAAUCGAGACGUUCUGACUUGUCCACGCGACCCCGGCCACCACGCACAGCAGAUCUCCCCUACUUGUCUCGCCAGGUCACUGUCGGCCGCAAUUCCCAGUUCUUCCACCUCACAGAGCGAGAUCGUGAGCUACUUGGCGGCAUCGAGUAUAGAAGCUUGAAGCUCCUUCUGAAGAUUGUUUUUAGUUACUUUAUCGGGCUUCACGUUUUUGGAGUCAUCUGUCUCUUGCCUUGGAUUCUACAUGCUCCCCAAAAGUACCAAUCAUGGCUUUUGGAGAAUGGACAAGGUCAAGUAUGGUGGGCCUUUUACUCUGCCCAGACUAUGGUUGAUAAUCUCGGGUUCACCCUGACCCCAGACUCGAUGUCGACGUUCAAAGACGCCACCUGGCCAAUGCUCGCCAUGACCUUCCUUGCUUUUGCGGGAAAUACGAUAUAUCCAGUGCUCUUGCGACUAGUAAUCUGGGUCAUGUCAAGGGUCGUGAACAAGAAGUCGGCCACGAAAGAACACCUUGAGUUUCUGCUCGACCACCCCCGCAGAUGCUACACUUUACUCUUUCCGAGCCGACCCACCUGGAUCCUGUUCGGCAUUGUCUUCUUGCUCAACUUCAUUGACGUUUUGUUGAUCAUCGUUCUGGAUUUGGACAACCCUGCCGUCAAUGAUUUGGCAAUGGGGCCUAGAAUCCUAUCAGCUUUAUUCCAAGCUGCGUCAUCACGCCACACUGGCACUUCGACACUGAACCUAUCCCUGGUCAACCCCGCCGUGCAGUUCAGCUUGUUGUGCAUGAUGUACAUCGCGAUCUUCCCAAUAGCGAUUAGCAUUCGGGCAUCAAACACCUAUGAGGAACGAGCCCUUGGCGUCUACGAGGCCGACAGCCAUCUGGAUGAAAAUAACGGGGCUUCGUAUGUUAUGACCCAUGUUCGAAACCAAUUGAGCUUUGAUCUCUGGUACAUCUUUCUUGGUACAUUUUGCAUCUGUAUCGCAGAAUCCCAGAGAAUCAUGGAUCUCAAUGAACCAGUGCGUACCAAAUUCACCCCUAUCUAA